GAGUUUUGGCCCGUGGUCGUGCAGUCCAGGGGGCUAGAUGGCAUGCUGGACCCAAGCUCAGCUCAGCGUCUGGACCCAAUAACAGCUUUCCAAGGGAGCAGCUUUCUAUCCUGGCCACGCUGAGGUGCGCAGCGUAAUGUCCAUGUUGUUCUACACUCUGAUUACAGCUUUUCUGAUCGGCAUACAGGCAGAGCCAUACUCCGAGAGCAAUGUCCCAGCAGGACACACCAUCCCCCAAGCCCACUGGACUAAGCUUCAGCAUUCCCUUGACACAGCCCUCCGCAGAGCCCGCAGCACCCCUGCGGGGGCGAUAGCAGCGCGGGUGGCAGGGCAGAGCCACAACAUCACGGUGGACCCCAAACUUUUCAAGAAGCGGCGACUGCGUUCACCCCGCGUGCUGUUCAGCACACAGCCGCCACCUGAAGCCUCAGACUCGCCUGAAGUCCAGGAUCUGGACCUGGAGGUCGGCGGUGCAGCCCCCUCCAACAGGACUCACAGGGGCAAGCGGUCAGCGCCCCACCCCGUCUUCCACAGGGGGGAGUUCUCGGUGUGCGACAGCGUCAGCGUGUGGGUUGGGGAUAAGACCACCGCCACGGACAUCAAGGGCAAGGAGGUGAUGGUGUUGGGAGAGGUGAAUAUCAACAACAGUGUGUUCAAACAGUACUUUUUCGAGACCAAGUGCCGAGACCCCAAUCCCGUGGACAGUGGGUGCCGGGGCAUCGACUCAAAGCAUUGGAACUCCUACUGCACCACCACUCACACCUUCGUCAAGGCGCUGACCAUGGAUGGCAAGCAGGCCGCCUGGCGGUUCAUCAGGAUCGACACGGCCUGCGUGUGUGUGCUCAGCAGGAAGACGGCGAGAAGGGCCUGACCUCUGACCCGCCCACACGCCCGCCCCACCCCCCGCCACACCCUCCUGGGCCCCUCCCUACCUCAACCUGUAAAUUAUUUUAAAUUAUAAGGACUGCAUGGUAAUUUAUAGUUUAUACAGUUUUAAAAAAUCAUUAUUUAUUAAAUUUUUGGAAGCA